AUGAUUACCGAUCGGUGUGGCCGUCGCCCAGUCGUCCUGUUCUCGCUGGCAUCUACGGGAGUGCUUGCCGUGGCGUUCGGGUUUUCAACAACGUUCUUGUGGUCCCUUGCUUGCAGAUUUUUGCUGGGGCUGCUGAACAGAAUGGCGGUAAUUUUUCCAACACUCGUCUCGGAAAUCUGCGGCAAGGAGCAUGAAGUCGUCGGGUUAGGAGCAAUGACAAGUGAGCCUGUCGCUUGUAGGCGUGGGUUCGGCAUAGGGCCGCCGAUCUUUUUCGUAGAUGUUCUCAAGACGCGUUCUUACAGGAACCUCUCAGCCACCGGUGCCCACGUCACCUUGCGUUUUUUAUUUUUCAACGCAAUCAGCACCAGCUUGGCUGUGCCCCCUCUCGGGAAAGACAAAGAGUCCGGCUCCUGUUCGGCCGCCGGAGAAGAAAGAAGCAAAAGCUGUAGCGGAAGUACGUCGUCAACAAACGGGACCGAAGUGUCCCGGGGGCGCCACUCGUUGCUGGAGGAAGGACAAGGCGAAUGCGCGACAAGCUGCAGCACCUGGACCGACGUGGAGCCCUUCAAUCGUGGGAGUUUGCUGGGCGCGGGUCACGUCCGCGUCCUCCUGAUAAUCUACGGAACUUACAUGGUGGGUGACCUAUUCGCGCUGUGGGCGCUCAGCACGACUCCCGCGGGGGGCUUGGAAGGGUCGGCGGAACAAAUCGGACAGGUAGCUCUUCCGGCCAUGUACUGCACUGGAUCUCGAGGCGAACAUGGACCGACAGGAAUCACGAAGGGGAGUACCCAGAUGGUCCUUCUUGCUCCUAGGCUCAUGGUUUUCGUGUUCGAGCUGUUCGCUGUGCCUCUUGGCACCAAGCGGCUGGGUGUAACUACCUCACAGAGGCUGUCAUCGGUGACUCUGGUGCUUGUCUCUCCCCUCGUUCCCGUGCCCGGAUUCCUGCUCAACACCGGCCCCCUGCUCAUGAUUGCUUCCGUGGGUCUUCUGCUUAAAAUCAAUGCGCCAGUGAUGCGGGGAGUGGUCAAAGUGACGAUCUUGUGAUGCGGUAACCUGGAGCAGCAGCAACAGCCUCCGCCUUUGUCGAUCGGGGGUCAUGAAGCGGAAACGUCUACCCGGAGAAAGGGACCGAACAGGGAAACUAAACCGCGCUUGAGGGUCUGGUCCCGUGCCUGUUUCCAAACACCUGCAAGCCUUCCAGUCAGAUUCACCCCCCACCAAUCACCACGCGCACGUACCC